UAUUAAAUGGAGUUGAUCUUCCAGAUCCUCACCAUAUUUCCCCCUCUGGGUUCACAGAUUCUCACAGGAAGAAGGAACCCUAGUGCUGUCCCCCUCCCCGUUCGUGGCCUCCAACAGGAUCUUGACUUCCUUUCCCCAAGGCAAUGGAUGGUCAUGUUGAGGGACUUGGGAGAGGUACUGGUGUGGCUGCCUGGACAGCGCCAAUGUCCAAUUUCAUGCUGAAAAAUCUUGCCAAUGUCAUUGCCAGUGGUGUUAAAACAGGAAAGGGCUUCAAAAAGGUCUAUUUCAAUGCAUGUGCUAGAGCUGUCAAUGAAAAAUUCAACACUACGCUCAAUGGUGAGCAGAUUAAGAACCAUCUGAAGACAUGGCAAAGAAAGUGGGCAAAGAUAACACGACUCAAGAGCUUGAGUGCAUCUGGAUUCGAUGAAGAGAACUACAUCAUCACCCUUGAUGAGGAGCACUACAAUGGCCAUGUGCACGAUCACAAGGCUGAUGCCGAGUAUUUAAACAAGCCUCUUGAGAACUAUGCUGAGAUGGAAACAAUCUUUGGGAAGGAUAUGGCUACUGGCAAGUUUGCAAAGGAUUCAAGUGCUCCUCUUGGUACAGAAGAUGGUGAUACUGAAGAUGGGGCUGCAAAUGGUACAGAAGAGGAUCCUAGUAGUGCUUUUGAGGAAGGGGCAACAUCUAAUGCAAGACCUAACAAGAGGGCCAAGAUUGUUGAAAGUGCAGAGGAGGGGUUGAUUGGUGCGUUCAACAGAGUUGGUGACAAGCUUGCCAUGGCUAUAACGCAGGUUGCUAAAUCUAAUAAUGAGGUGCCAGAAGAUCUCUUUGACAAAGUGAAUAGCCUUUCAGUUUCAGGCUUUAAUGAUCUUCAGAUAUCCACAUACUAUGCGCAUCUGGUGGCCAAUCCUCUCAUUGGUAAAGCUUUCUAUGGCUUGCCAUUUCAGCACCAGUUACAUUGGAUGGCUAUGUUUGUUAGUGAGAGGUUCCCUGGACAGUAG